CCUCCCUUUUUCUUUUCUUUUCUGCUUCUUCAUUCAUUCACCACCACUCACAGAAAAACCUAGGGUUUCCCUUCCUCACUGAACCCAUUCAUACAACUUCCGGUGCUUCCUCCGCCACCAUCUCCACGCACCACCACCGAUUUCACAGUUCCCAAGAUGAACCCAAACCCUUCACAUCAACCUCCACCUUCUUCCACCUACCAGCCCAUGCUCAAGGAAUCGAUCAACCGCUUCUUAGCCGAGUAUCGUCGAGGCGCUACUGAUUUCGGCGAUUUCAGCUCCAUCUUCUCCAGAAUCCUCCACAGCACCCCUGACCCGCCGAUUCAGCUUGUUUGGUUCUACUCCGCCCUGGAAUUUCACACCAACAAGCUGGGACCUGCUGCAGAUGAAUCUUCUAGAAGAGUUUCCGUGGCUAAGGGUUUGUUCCAGUUGCUGGUUUCGUGUUCGGGGUGCUGCGGGUCCAUGAAGAGGAUCGGUGUUCUUGCGCCGUUGGUGUUCGAGCUGUGCCGGUUGGUUGUUCACCGCGAGAGGGAGGUGGAGGGGUUGGUGGAAGGGCUUGUUAGUUAUUGCAGUAUUUUGUGUGGGGACGUGGUUCAUGGUGAUGACGGGGUGGCGAUUUUGGAGCCGGAUUUUGUGGAUUUGAUGCCGGUGUGGAUGGUUGAUCGUGAUGGUUCAUGUGGGGUGGUUGGGGAUUGCGUGAAGGGGUUUUUCCCUCUCGCGAGCGAUGGGAUUCGGAAGGGGAUUGAGAUGGGUUGUGAUGUUGGGUCCUUGGCUGGGAUUGUCAUGUGUGAAGCUCUGUUGUUGAAAAUGUGCUUCGCGUUUGAUUCGGGGAUGGCUAGAGAGGAGCUGGAGAAGAAGUUGCACGCUUCCGCGGUUCAGACCAUAACAGGGUUUCGGAAUUCUUACUUCCUAGAUACCCUUUUCAGGAUGAUGUUGGAGCCAGUUUUGCCAGUGGUCUCCCUACUGGGUUCUGAAAAUGAAGUUCUUCUAAAAGAAGUCUUGUACCGUUCUGUGAUGAUGAUGGAUUAUUCAUUCAUUAAUCCCCAAGCCAGAGUUUCACUGUAUGCCAACAGCUUGAAAGAUUUGGCUAUAAAUUGGUUGUUUGUUGCUGAAUUAGCUGUACAGUCUGCUAGGGAAAAAGGUGAUCAGGGGAAAGCUAUUUCUUAUGUAAGUGCCUUCUGUAGGUCCUGCAUACCCAUUCAAUUGAUCAACUGGGUUAUUAGUCAAAGUGGCGUAGGCAGAAAGAUCACCAGACCCAAUGUUUCCACUCCCAUAGCUCUCAUAAAGUGGCUUCUAGUUGUUGAGGAGCAAGGAUUGGCAGCAUUUGGUGAUGAAACCGCCAAGCAUGGUGCAAAAGCUAACAUUUUCACUUCAAGAACAAAGUGCCUGCUGCCAGUGAUCAAACAUAACUUUAACACUCUGGAUAAAAAUCUCUUUUCGAAUUCUCUACAUGGAGGCACGGAGGCAGGUAAAAUUGAUGGUGAUAUAGAGAUGCAUGAUACCGCGGACACUGCGGUAAGUUUGUCUUCUGAUGGUAGAAUGAACACAGCAGCCAGCACUGAUGGAACAAGGAAACGCAAAGAAGGGAUCGAAGAUGAUACUAAAGCACAGCUAAAGUUCAUGAGAUGCCAGUUUCAUGAGAAUUCAGUGAGAGAAAACUCAUUUAUAUUUGGGCAACAGUGAUGCUUUGGAUAAUGGGAGCACUGCAGAUAUUUUUGGCUUCAUGAAGCUUCAAAAGUAAUGAAGCAAUAUGGUAUAUAUGAUUGAAACUGUAUGAGGAUGCUGGGCUAGCAAUUUUUUAUGUGAUAGAGACUUUCAGCUAAAGGUGCAUAUGUGGAAAUUUGUUCAACCCAGUUUUUAGUUUCAUUUAGUUGGCAUAAUGGCAUUAUGUUCAUUGAAGUCUCAAAUUACCUAUAACCAUGUAUCAGUUGACUUGGGCUAAUGGCAUAAUUUCAUUGUGUCUUGAAGCCAGUAGUACUAAUACUCUGCUCCAUCUUCCCUGCAAUUUGUUAGUAUUGCAAUAUGCAUGUAUGUGGAAAUUUGUUCAACCCAGUUUUUAGUUUCAUUUA